AUGUUCUCAGAUACAGUAAAUAACAAUGAUAUAUUCACUUUUAUAAUCAUAUUCUGUGUGGAAAUACUAAUGGGAAUCUUAGAAAAUGGAUUAAUAGCAGUAGUAAAUAUCAUGGACUGGGCCAAGAGAAGAAGGAUGUCUUCAGUGGAUCAGAUUCUCACCGCUUUGGCUCUUAUCAGACUCAUUUAUGUGUGGUCUGUGGUCACUGGCAUACUGUUAUUCAUAUCAUGUCCACGUUUGCUUAUGAGUUCCAAAAUGCUUACAGCAGUGGGUAUUAUCUGGAUAGUGAACAACCAUUUCAGCAUCUGGCUUUCUACAUGCCUUGGUGUCUUUUAUUUUCUCAAGAUAGCCAAUUUUUCUAACUCUUUCUUUCUUUACCUAAAGUGGAGAGUUAAAAAAGUGAUUUUAAUGGUAAUACUGGUAUCAACAAUUUUCUUGAUUUUUAAUGUGUUAUCUCUAAGUCUGUAUCAUCAUUUCUCAAUUGAGAUUUAUGAAGGAAAUAUGUCUUACAGUUUGAGAAAUUCACCACAACUUCCCAGAAUUUUCUUAUUCACCAACACGUCCAAAUUUUUAAUUAUCAACUCUUCUCAUGUUUACUUACCCAUCAACUCCCUGUUCACACUCCUACCUUUCACAGUGUCCCUUGUAGCUUUUCUCAUGCUCAUGUUCUCACUGUGGAAGCAUCACAAGAAAAUGCAGGUCAAUGUCAAACAAACUAGAGAUGCCAGCAUCAUGGCUCACAUGAAAGCCUUGCAAACUGUGCUCUUCCUCCUGUUGCUGUAUGCAAUAUACUUACUUUUUAAUUUUAUAGAUAUUUUGAGCCGUGGAUUGAUGGGUGGAAAAUCCACAAUUUUAUUUGAACACAUUUCUGUAGUACUUUUUCCUAUAAGCCACUCAUUUGUCUUGAUUCUGGGAAACAGUAAGCUGAGACAGGCUACUCUUUCUGUGCUGGCUUGUCUGAGUUGCCAGACCAAAGAUAUGGACACCAUGGGUUCCAAAUAA